GUUUGUUCUUAUUUUAAUUUUAUAUUUUAACCGUUAUAUGAUUUUAGAUUAAAAUAAUUACAAAAUAUAAUAAUAAUGAAAAAUUUUUGGAUAUGAGUAAUAAAUUCUGUUACGUAAUUUUCUAAGAAAAGACCUUAAAAAUUUAAAAUAGAUUAAAAGAAAAAUAAUUAAAAAAAAAUAAUAAUUAAUUUUUAUACGUUUAUUAAAUUAACCCUUUAGUGGAAUUUGGGUGCGAGACUUAAAUAAAAUUAUUUUAUUGAAUGUUUUGUGGUGGUUUUUAAAAACCACAUUAAAAUUUGUGAAACAAUUAAAAUUAGUGUUGAAAUAAAAAAAAGACAGAAUGUUGAGUUGUGUAGGUGAUUGUGGAAAUUGGUUAGGUGGAAUAACCCCAAGAUUUAUAGCAACAUUUACAUUUUUACCAUGUGGUCUAUUAAUGGGUUAUUCAAUGGCGGCAUUUUCAAUUGAUCGAGAUCAUUUAAAUGAUUUUCUAUAUUAUGGACCAUUAAUAUUGGGUUGUUUAAUUGCAUUAAUAAUGGCGUCUGUUUAUGUUGCAACAAAAUUUUGGCGUAAUAAAAUUUUAUUCUUUCAUUUUGAAGUUUUUAUUGCAACAGGUUGCAUAAAUAUUAUUGCCAGCAUAUUGUUUUUUAUUGAUAAUUUAGAUAUUUAUGGGUCUUAUAUUGCAUUUAUAGCAUAUGGUAUGACAUUUAUAAGUGCUUUAACAUAUUUAAAUAUAAUUUCAUCGAAAAAUAAUCGGACAAUAAUUUUAUCGAUAUGUUUUGUAUGGUAUUUAUUUGGUAUUGCAUCAGCUAUAUCAUUGAUUGGUGUAAAUGUUAAACUUGAAGAUAAUCGUAACAACAUAACAACAACAACGACAACUAUAAAAUCUAUUAUAAAUAAUGUUGAAAAAUUUGAUUUUAAUUUUGAUAAUAUAACAAAUAAUUUUGAAAAUAUUACAAAUAUUAAUGAAAAUAUAACAAAUUUUAAUGAAAAUAUUACAAAUAUGAUUGAAUCAAAUUAUGAUUUAAAAUAUGAAAAAUAUAUUGAUAAUAGAAUUAGAUUAACAUCAAAUAUUAAUACUGAUGGUAUUUAUCAAGGAAUGGCCGGUUUAUAUUUAACAACAUCAAUAUUAAUUGUUAUAAUAUUGUCAAUUAUUAAAAUUUAUAAUUAUUUAGGUAAUUUAGAUUAUAAAAAAAGUUUAGAUUAUGAUAUUUUUAUUGCAAAUUCAAAUGAAACAAUAUUUGAUACAAGAUCCGAAGUUAUUAAACAAACAAAUUUCUUUUAUGUUACAAAAAGUAAACAAUGGCUAGUCUCAUUCAUACUAUUAUUUUGUGAUUCAAUACAUUUUUCAUUUUUUGUAUAUAUUUUGUCAUGGUUUAUAUUUAAUCCAGCAAUUUCAUUAACACACAAUUUUAAUAAUUAUGGUUUAAUAUAUUGGAUUGUAUUUUUUGGUUCAAUUGUUGGUGUAAUUUUAUUAUUUUUUAUUAGUAUAAAAAUGAUAUUUGUUAUAUCAACAUUAUCACAAAUUCUUUUAUUAAUAUUAGGUAUGAUAAUACGUAAUGAAUCUUUAAUACCAUUAUGGAUUGUAUGUUUUUUAUAUGGUAUGAAUUUUUCAAAUAUUAAAGUAUUAGUAUUAGAAACAGCACAUUUAAAAUUUUCUGAAUUAAUGAUAUUUAUAUCAUGUACAACAAAAUUAUGUUCGAUUGGUGUUAUUAAUGUUAGUUUUAUGCGUGAUAUAAAUAAUUCAAUAUUUUAUCGUGAAGAUUCAGCAACAUUAAUUGCACAUUGUUUAGCAUUUAUAACAAUAUCAUCAUUAAUAACAAUUAUUGUUACAAUUAAAGUACCAAGAACAUAUAAAAAUUCAUUAUUUGAUAUACAAAAUUGUUUACUUGGUAUUAUAUUUAAAAAACAUCAAAUUGAACAAUUAAAUAUGAAAUAUUUAAGUGAUGGUACAAUCCCAACAAUAUCUCGAAAUGUUGAUACACCAUCAUCAACCUAGCAUAUAAUUAUAUUUGAAAAUAAUAUACAAAGAGAGAAAAAAAAUAGAGUAUGUCAAAAAGAUGAAUGACAUUAAUUAUAGUAAAUAUUAGUCUAUUUAAACAAAAUAAUCAAAUUGAAAAUUUUUUUUUUAUUUCUUUUAUAAAUUUAAAUAAAAAUUGAAAUUAAUUUUUUUCUUCUUGAAUUUUUGACAGUUGCAUAUUAGAUUUAUUUAAAAAAAAACAAUUAUGAUUUUAUAAAAUGUUUGAUUACAAAUGUAUAUUACGUUAGGACAUGUUGUAUGUGUGGUAUUGAAAGUUAACAAAUAAAUGAAUUUUUUUUUAUAGAAUGAUCAUUUUCUUAUUUGCAAUAAUAGUUUUUUGGUUCAUAAAUAACAAAAUUUUAAAUAGCAUUAUGUAUCUUAUUAAUUAGUCUAACAUGUUUGAAUCAAUACACAACAUGUUUGAAUGCAAUUAAAUUGUGACUUAAAUUUUGCUAUCUAUAACUAAAUCUUGUAUGUAUAAGAGAUUACUAAUAUUAGAAUUAGAACUAUAUUUUUUAUAUAUAUACAUAAUAUGUUUUCUUGCCUAUUAAUUGAGUAAAAAUUGUGGAAAAUUUAUAUAAUAUAAUUAAUAAACACAAUACACUACGAAAUUUUAUUAUAAUAUUUCUUAAUUUUGUAUACUUAUUGAACUAUGUACAUGUGUAGGCGUUUAUGUCAAUUAAUUUUCUACGAAAUUUGAAAAUUUUUUUUUUGGUAUUGAUAUUUUAUUACAAAUGUAGAUUAAAAUUUAAACUACAGGUUAAAUACAGGUUAAAUAUUAGAGUUUUGUCGAA